AUGUCCCAAUCCUCCAGUAUAGUAGGCGUACACUACAAAGUGGGCAAGAAAAUCGGCGAAGGCUCUUUCGGAGUAAUAUUCGAAGGCAUAAACAUCUUGAACAACCAACAAGUUGCAAUCAAAUUUGAGCCGCGUAAAUGCGAAGCUCCACAGUUGCGAGAUGAGUACAGGUCGUACAGGAUCUUGAACAAGACAGUAGGCAUACCGCAAGCAUACUUUUUCGGACAAGAAGGUGUUCAUUCCAUAUUGAUUAUCGACCUUCUUGGCCCGUCCUUGGAGGACCUCUUUGACUGGUGCAACCGCAAGUUUAGUUUAAAGACAACGAUAUUAGUGGCUAAGCAAAUGAUUGAACGAGUGGAAUCUAUACACGAGCAUGAUUUGAUUUAUCGUGACAUCAAACCAGAUAAUUUUCUCAUAGGGAGACCAGAUACGCCGGAGGCAAACCAGGUAUAUGUUGUUGACUUUGGGAUGGCGAAACAGUAUCGAGAUCCAAAGACAAAAGUUCAUAUACCGUAUAGAGAAAAGAAGGCGUUGAGUGGAACUGCAAGGUAUAUGUCGAUAAACACUCAUUUGGGAAGAGAGCAACUGAGAAGGGACGAUUUGGAGAGUCUUGGACAUGUCUUUAUGUACUUUUUGCGGGGGUCUUUACCCUGGCAAGGGUUGAAAGCACCUACUAAUAAGCAAAAGUAUGAAAAGAUUGGCAUGAAGAAACAAACCACUUCGGUUAACGAAUUGUGUUAUGGUUUACCUAUUCAGUUUGCUCAGUACUUGGCAUACGUGAGGAAUUUGAGCUUUGAUGAGGCCCCGGAUUACAAGUACUUGGUAGGGUUGAUGGACAAGGCUAUGAUUACACUAGGUUUAGAAGAUGAUGGUCAUUACGAUUGGAUGGAUUUGAAUAACGGCAAAGGCUGGGAUGCCGCAUUGAAUAAGAAGGCCAAUUUGCAUGGAUAUGGGAAUCCACACCCACCAAGAAAGUCACAACUACAGCAGCACCAGCAGCACCAGCACCAGCAGCACCAGCAGCACCAGCACCAACAGAAGAACAACAAUGCCAACUCACCUUCUUUCCAACGACUCCAAAGUUAUGCCAACUAUUCGCUGAAUCAGAAAUUGCCACUUUUGGGCAAGAAGGCGGAUGGUAGAAAUGCAGCAGCACAGAGGAGAUACGGAUAUCAAUCCAUAAAUCAGGACUCCAAAGCUUCGAUGUUGGUGAAUGCAUAUCAACCUGGGCAAGAGCGGGAUUUAGAGUAUGGCGGUGAUCGGAAUGGCGUAUUGAGUCCAAGAAAUGACGAGGAGGAUCUUCAUUCAGAUACUUCAAGUUUCAAUAGGAAGAAGAGCCGGUCUUGUUUCUUCUGUUGUUAUAUAUAG